AGAAAAUAUUCUAGUGCCCUCCACAAAGCCGUUGAAUAAAGAUCCCACGUCUGUUCUUGUUCACCACCCGGGUUUUGCUCUUUUAAUGGUACCCUGGGUUAGAGGCCAUUCCCCAUUCCCUCUGCUUCCUUUCAGAAACUCCUUCUACCAUCCAUUAGUAGGAGAAAGUAAAGAAAUAGUUCUGGCAAAAAAAAAAAUAGCUGUCAUAUCAUUGAGAGUGUAACUCUGACUAUGCUAUGGAUAUGUGACAAAAAAAGCAAGGCAUCUAACUUGCCUUUGUUGCAGAUUUAUCCAAUAAGAGAGAAGGGGGACCACACUCGUCAGGCCCUCAUCAUCUGUAACACAGAGUUUGACCACCUCCCAAGGCGUGAUGGGUCCAACCAUGACAUCAUUGGCAUGAAGGGGCUGCUUGAGGACAUGGACUACAGUGUGCAUGUGAAAGAGAAUCUCACAGCCAAAGCCAUGGAAUUAAUGCUAAGGAGUUUUGCUGCCCGCCCAGAGCGCAGGUCCUCAGAUAGCACAUUCUUGGUGUUCAUGUCUCAUGGCAUCCUGGAUGGAAUAUGUGGGACUAUGCAUAGUGAUGAAAAACCAGAUGUGCUAUCUUACGACACCAUAUUCCAGAUUUUCAACAGUCGAAACUGCUCCCACCUUAAGGAUAAACCCAAGGUCAUCAUUAUCCAGGCCUGCAGAGGAGCAAACAGUGGAGAGCUGUGGGUCAGCGACUCGCCAGCAGCCUCAGCAGACAGUUCUGCACAGUCCCCAGAGGACCUAGAGGACGAUGGUGUCCACAAGACCCACAUGGAGAAGGAUUUCAUUGCUUUCUGCUCCUCAACCCCACACAGUGUUUCUUGGAGAAGUGCAAGUGGUUCUCUCUUCAUCACACAACUCAUAAAUUAUGUUCAAAAAUAUUCUUGGUGUUGUCACCUGAUGGAUAUAUUUGUGAAGGUUCAACGAUCAUUUGAAGAACCAGAUGUUAAAGCCCAGAUGCCCUCACUUGAAAGACAAACUAUGACCAGAUAUUUUUAUCUUUUUCCAGACAAUUAAAAUUAGAAAUCACAGGAGUCUAGUCCCUGUAUAUCUACUUCCUGAAGAAAAUUUGCCAGUCCAGCA